AUGGCGCUGUCUCUAGACCAGCUGAAGCCCAGCAAACCUGCGUUCCCCUACAGAAACCAGCAUGAGCCGGAGGACAAAACUCCAAGCAGCAGGAGGAAGAUCCUGGUUUCUCCUUACUCUCAGUUCUCGUCCUUUCAGCCCGAGUGCUCAGAUUCCGAGCGCGACAGCCAAUGGGGCGGCAGCCCUCUGACAGACUCCGCCUCCCCGCAGCGACUGGAUCACACUCGUUGGGACGACGAGCGUGCGGACAGUUCUCCGGGCUCGUCGGGCGAUUCGGGAGACGGUUGCCAUGGCAACAGGGCGUUUCACGUGAGCCCGCGGGAGUCCGAAAGCCUGAUGGGAGCCAAACGGGAGCUGAUUAAGGUGGAGGACGGCCGCAUGAGCGAUUACUGGACGCCGGGGAACCGCAUGGCCUCGGACCGCCUCAUCCUGUGCCGGGACGACAUGAACGGGAGUCCGGUGUCACUGUCCGGUCUGAGCAGUCCCGGGUCGGACAGAGAGGCUCUCGACGGCCACACACGCUCGCUGCGGCCGGAAAACCUGUGCGGAUUUCCCGCUCAUUAUGAUGUGAACGCGCACCUGCACUUCCAGACCAGCGCCGCGCACAACGGCACAUCAGUCAUCAUCUCCGGAAAAACACCCGCUGCUUUACAAGCCUGUAAACGUGGAAAAAAACAUGCAAACAUGGAAAGAUGACAGCGCUCUUAUGUUGCUAUUUAUACAAGCACUAUCAAGAACACGUGCAGGUCAGA